AUGUGGGGCAUUUUCACCGAGGAACGACCUGGACGUCAACGACAACGUUCGCGCCUUUGUGUCGUGGCAGCGGUCUCCCACGUUUCGCGAGUCUGUAAAUGGCGCUCUACUAAGCAAUCAGAAAGCUUCAACUUCCCAUCUGAAAAUCCCGAAUCGAGCGAUCGACCAACCAAACACUAA